UCAAGGACUUGAAUGUUUUUACUGGAUUCACUCCAGCUCUUCGUUGGGUCUUGGGUGUGAAAACGAUGCUUUUUCGCUACAGAAGAGGCGGAUUAGUUAACUCUUGUUCUGACUGGAGCACGUAAAAGCCCGCCCAACUUGCUAAGGAAGCUCAUAUUGUCCAGCAGGAGGAGGGGAACAUUCUAGAACAUUCGUCGAAAGGACUUUUACAUCCCAGAGUGUUGGCUACAACUGAAAGAUUCCAGUUUCUUCUUCUUUCUCACAGGGUUUUUAGGUCAACCGCAUCAAAAUUUGUCAUGUCACACCUUGCGGGAGGCCUGGAUAUGAUCUCUGCAACAGAAGCUCUCCUGGCUACUCUGGUGUUCGGUCUGAUCUUCCUGAUCCUGAGAUCCUACUGGGAUCCAACCCCACAGGGCCGGAAGAGGAUCCCAGGACCAGCAGGCUACCCCUUCAUCGGCAACAUGCUGGAGGUGGGCAAGAAUCCCCACCUGAGUUUGACCCAGAUGAGCCGCAAGUAUGGGGACGUGAUGAAGAUUCACAUCGGUACGACCCCCGUGUUGGUCCUAAGCGGGCUGGAAACUAUCCGUCAGGCUUUGGUGAGACAAGGAGCAGAUUUCAUGGGGCGGCCAGAUUUAUACAGCUUCCGGUUCCCAUCCAACGGACAAAGCAUUGUUUUUGGGCACGAUUCAGGAGCUGUUUGGCACGACCGAAAAAAACUGGCCAUCAGUGGCUUGAAAUCCUUUGGAUCCUCCCCCAGCCCUGUGUCUCCUUCCAUGUGCCUUGUGGAAGAACACGUCUCCCAAGAGGCCGAAUGCUUGAUUAAGAAGUUACAAGAGGUGAUGCUUGAGAAGAAGAGGCUUGAGCCUUCCCGUUAUAUUGUGGUCUCCGUGGCCAACGUUGUGUGUGCCAUGUGCUUCGGCAAACGUUACAACCACGAUGACCAGGAACUCCUCAACAUUGUCAAUGGGUCUGAAAUUUUUUCAGAAACCGCAGCCUCUGGAAACCCUACUGAUUUCAUUCCUCUUCUACGUUACCUCCCAGGCAACAAUAGGAAAGUUUUUGAGGAAUUCAAUAAAUCUGCCAGUCUCUUCUUCCAAAAUAUUGUCAAAAAGCACUAUGAGAGUUUCAAAACGGACAGCAUCCGAGACAUCACAGAUUCCCUUAUUGCCCAAAGUGAGGAGAAGAAGUUGGACCCUGACACUAAGCUUCAGCUGUCAUCUAGAGACAUAGCAGACCUUGUGAAUGACCUCUUUGGAGCUGGUUUCGACACAGUGACCACAGCUUUGUUGUGGUGUCUCACAUAUCUCACUGCGUAUCCAGAAAUCCAGAAGAAGAUUCAUGAAGAUAUAGAUGAGAUCAUUGGUAGAGAGAGAAAGCCACGGCUCUCAGAUCGGCCCCUGUUACCUUAUACAGAAGCUUUUAUCCUGGAAAUGUUCAGGCAUUCAUCUUUUCUGCCCUUUGCAGUUCCUCACUGCACAAUCAGAAACACCAUCUUGAACGGCUACUACAUCCCAAAGGGCCUCUGUGUCUUAAUCAACCAAUGGCAGGUCAACCAUGAUGAGAAUCUUUGGAAGGACCCGUCCUCGUUUAGACCAGAGCGUUUCCUUACAGCGGACGGGAAAGGCAUCGACAGGGUCGAGAGUGAGAAGGUCCUGAUGUUCGGCCUGGGGAAGAGACGGUGCAUCGGGGAGCAGAUUGCCCGCUGGGAGGUCUUCCUCUUUCUGACCACUUUGCUCCAGGAACUGCACUUCAGCGUCUCUGAGGGGGUCAAAGUGGACUUGACCCCGGUCUACGGCCUGAGCAUGAAGCCCAAAAGAUGCAAACACUUUCAAGUGAAAGUGCGGUCCCCAAACGAGAGCAACGAGUGAAGGACCAAAAAAAUAUAUAUGUUGCCAGGGAAACAAAGGAAAGCGAAGCCCCGGUUUCAACACUUCCUUGUCUGUGUAUGUGCACAGAAACCCCUCACCACAGAGUCAGAAUGAGGGUAACCUUCUCUUGCUCAAUAUCGCCACCAUAUUUCUGAGUUGGGAUGAAAUGUAUCACUAAUAAAAGGUGGUUUCUAAAACCCACUGCCAGGCCCAAGACAUUA